ACGAAUGUAACUAUCUGAAAACAUAUGACAUACAGAAGAAGAAGUGUUUAGUUUUUAAUGUCAUGUUUUAGUAAUGUUAAUGCCUAUCUUUAUGCAAGCAUUUUUGACUUAGAAAGGUUUAGGAUGUUUAUGUUUUAAACGCUUUUUGAGGACGUUAAUUUAAAUUGGUAUUUUUAUUGGACAUUUAGCAUCGGGCUAACCGGCUAGCUGUACUAGCUUCGGUUAAUUCUUCUUCUGCUUUAAAUUUGGGGCUUUUUCUUCCUCCAUCCUCUGAGGGUUUGAUGUUGAAACACCUGUCGACUGCGUAUGCUCUGCUCCCCCGCUGCCUCCUCUCUCCCACUCCGCGUUCUCUCAGCAGAACCUGCCGCCUUCCCGGUAGGAUGGAGGCGGCCGUGGUCCGGUGCCUUCCCGGGGAGCCGAAGCUCACCAUCUCCUUCUGCCUGGGGGAGAGCCAAAAACACAUGCUGCGUGACCAGGACGAGGCACUGGGAAAGGUCCUGAUUCGGAUUUCCAACACCAUCGCCAAGAACCACACAAAGGCGAAAAAGUCGAAGAAGAACCGGGAUCAGGAGCCGAGUGAAGCCGCGGAACCCGCCGUAGUGAAGCUGUUCUUCAGAGGGGAUGAGGUACCCGACACGCUGCCAAACUCCGAGGCUUGGCAGGACGGAGCCGUGCUCCAGGUGGGAGAAGUUAAAUACAAUAUUCAGAGGAAUGCUCCCACUUUCACCACAGCUGAACUCCCAGUGUCCCUGAUGGCAGGCUUUCCAGUUUGCCCCAAACUAGAGGUGGAGUUUGGGAACCUCCAAGACUGCGAGUUUAUGUGGUUUAAAGAAAACUCAACAAAUACAAGUCCUAAAGCUGCCAAAGAGUUUCCAGCUCAGGAUGGUGGAUGGACACAGGUUGGAUGUGAAAGAGUCCACGUUCCGUCCAAUCAGGACAUCGGCUUCAGGCUCAAACUGCACUGUACUCCCAAAGAUGGAAACCGCAGCGGUCGGUCCAAAGAACUGGUCUCUGAGGGAGCUGUGGAGGCGGGACCAGGCGUCUGCACAUCUGACAACCGUCACGCGUAUACAUCGAAGGUUGCAGAGUGGCCGGUGGUGCGGGUGGUGUCCUAUAACAUCCUUGCAGACAUCUAUGCCCAAACGGAUCUGUCCAAGACUGUGCUCUACCCGUACUGUGCCCCCUAUGCCCUGCAGCUGGACUACAGGCAGAACCUUAUCAAGAAGGAGCUGGCUGGGUACAAUGCUGACAUCAUCUGUCUGCAGGAGGUGGAUAAAGGCGUGUUUGUGGACAGUUUGACUCCAGCUCUAGAUGCUUAUGGGCUGGACGGCGUUUUCAGGCUCAAAGAGAAGCAGCAUGAAGGACUGGCUACGUUCUACCGCAGGUCAAAGUUUCGCCUGCUCAGCCGUCACGACAUCAUGCUGAGCGAGGCCUUGAUGUCUGAUCCCUUACACUCGGAGCUGCUGGAGAAGGUUUCUGAGAACAGGGAUCUGAAGGACAAGAUCCUGCAGAGAUCCACGUCACUGCAGGUCACUGUGCUCGAGGACCUCAUGAAGCCAGGCAGGAAGGUGUGUGUGGCCAACACUCACCUGUACUGGCACCCAAAAGGGGGGAAUGUUCGCUUGGUCCAAAUGGGCGUGGCUCUGCGGCACCUGAGUCAUGUGAUCAGUGAUGUUGCGCCUGGAGCUCCACUGGUCUUUUGUGGUGACUUCAACUCCACCCCAAACUCAGGCGUGGUCCAGCUGCUCGGUGAGACUGCGGUUCCUCAGCAGCAUGCAGACUGGAGCAGCUCGGGCCCCAACGAGACCUGCUGCAUGGAGCUGAUCUCCACCUUCCCUCCGCUGCUGAGCGCCUGCGGACAGCCGGCUUACACCAACUAUGUGGGAGGAUUUCAUGGCUGCUUGGACUACAUCUUUAUACAGCCGGAGAGCAUGCAGGUGGAGCAGGUGAUUCCUCUGCCCAGCCACCAGGAGGUCACCACCUACAAGGCUCUGCCCAGCGUGGCUCACCCCUCAGACCACAUCGCGCUGGUUUGUGACCUGCAAUGGAACCCAUGACCUCUGACCUUAUGAUCGAGAGGCUUUAAUUUCCUCCUCCAGAUGAACACAAAGUUGCCUUUAAAGUCGCAUGCUCCUGCAGUUCACUGGAGACGAAGGAAGCAUCGAUGAGAAGAGAUGUGAUCCUAUUCAUUUUACAGAGAGAUUCAUUUUCAUCACUGGCAUUCAGUGUUGGCUCAGUUUUAAAAGCAUUAUGAUGAUUAUUUUAUUAGAUAAAUAUUCAACACACAUACUGUUUUAACUUCUUGUCUGAUGAAUUAAAGGGAGACUUUAAGUUAAAUAUUUAUUGUUCAUCAUCACAUCAUUAAUAUAAUUAUUGAGGCCCAACAUUGUUGCUUAGUGAGGUUCAGAUUGACACAUUCAGCUCACAUUCCUGUUAAAUCUUCAUUUGGAUGUUUCCUAAACUCUUUGAGAAGAAAGUUUUACAUGUCCUCCUGUCGGGAGUAACUCUCCAACAAACUGCUGCAGGAUUCAUGCAUUAUUAACGUUUUCACAUUUUGUCAUGUUCCAAUCACAUGUGUUUUUAUUGGGAAUUUGUUUUUUAAGGUAACACAAAGUCGUGGAUAACAGUGAAGUGGAAGGAAAACAAUAUUUCAAGUUGUUCUGAAAGGGAAUUAAUACUUUUGCAAGGAACCUUCAAUGGGAACUACUUUCCUUUCAUGGUAACUCGGAAUAAACCGCUGAAGUCUCUGUGCGAGUUGAUUGGGACAAAAUGAACAACUAAAAUCAGUUUGUUCCCAGAGAGAAGCAAAGAUGUCAUGAUGGGAAAGUAAAAAUAAAGAGCUCACAUUGGGUCUGAA